UUUAUUGUAAAUCUUAGGCAGUUCCGGUCCAUGCAGGUGUGAAACCCUCAUCGCGUUUCAUUCACAUUAAAUUAAAAGUGUCGCUCACUGAUUUUACUGUUUUCUCCCGUUGUUCGGGAAGUCGACUGUUAAGUUUGUCCCACGCCCCGCUCCGUAAACACAUGACUGCUGUGGAGGAGAUCGUCUACGGCAGCAACAUGUCGUCGCGGGUCGUGUCGUGGCUGUGGUUGUUGUUGUUGUUGACAGUGUCGGUGUCGGCGUGUGGAGCCAGCGUGUGUCCGUGUGAGAGGCCGGAGUUCUGCCAGCAGAUCCGUCCGCGGAGGGACCUCGAGGUGUUUUUGUUUGAUGUGGGCGGACAGACAUGGAGGUCUUACAACUGGAGCAUGGUGACGACAGUGGCGACGUUUGGAAAAUAUGAUGCUGACCUCAUGUGCUACGCUCACUCCAAAGGAGCUCGAGUAGUCCUCAAAGGCGACGUUCCCCUCUCCCACAUUGUGGACCAGGAUAACAGGACAGCGUGGAUAACAGAGAAAGUCAACUUGGCCAAAAGUCAGUUCAUGGAUGGAAUCAACCUCGACAUUGAACAAGCGGUGGAGGAGGGCUCGCCAGAGUACCAUGCUUUGACAGCUCUGGUCAAAGAGACCACUGAGGCGUUCCACCGGGAGAUCCCCGGAUCACAGGUCUCGUUCGACGUUGCCUGGUCCCCAAACUGUGUCGACGGGCGCUGUUACGACUACGUCACCAUCGCUGAAUCCUGCGACCUGCUGUUCGUCAUGUCCUACGAUGAGCAGAGUCAGAUCACGGGCGACUGUAUUGCAAUGGCAAACGCUCCGCUCACUCAAACACUCAAUGCUUACGACGAGUAUUUGAAGCUGAAGAUCGAUCCAAAGAAGCUGGUGAUGGGGGUUCCGUGGUACGGCUAUGACUACGUAUGUCUCAACCUUUCCCAGGAGGGAAUCUGCUCUAUAGCCAAAGUUCCUUUCCGUGGCGCUCCCUGCAGCGAUGCAGCUGGGAAGCAGAAACCAUACAAGUGGAUCAUGAAGCAGGUCCAGAGCUCGAUGUCGGGCAGGAUAUGGGACAGCAAGCAGGAGGCUCCCUACAUCAAUUACAAGGACCCAAAAGGACACAUUCAUCAGGUUUGGUAUGAUGACCCACAGAGUAUUUGUGCCAAGGCGGACUAUGUGACGUCUAAAGGCUUGAGAGGCGUCGGCAUGUGGAACUCCAACAUCUUGGACUACAGCGGCGAAGCUGUCGCCAGGCAACAGACCGCAAUGAUGUGGAAUGCUCUGUUGGGAUGCUAGCUGGGAUACACUCAACACUGCUGCAGAAAUGUACCCCCCCCCAGCACCCUCUCCUGUUUGUUGCUAAGUCAAUAUAUCCCUUUGUAGCAGUAGAGUUCAGGGAUACCUGCACUUCAGAGUUUACUGUGGCUUCUUUGUGAUGUGUUUACGUCUCAGACAUUCCUCUGUGCUAAAUGAAAUGACUCUGAUGCUCUGAAACAAAGAUCCGUCAUUUGAACGUGUUGUUUGCACUGAAUAUGUUUGAUUGAACAAUGAUGAGCGUGUUCAGCACUUUAAUAUUUCUCAGAAAUAAAAACCUUUUUGAUUUA